UCCCUGGCCCCGCCCCGGCCCGUCGCCAUGUUGUUCCCUCCGCGCUGGACGGGAGCAGCUGAGCUGGAGCCUGGCUGCGCUACCGCUGCUGCCUCCUGCUGUGCAGGUCCCCGACCCUCUCUCUGUCCUCAUUGCACCCAGACGGGCCGGCCCAGAGCUCCCGGGUCGUCUUUCGUGUGGCCGCAAGGGUUCUUGAAGCUUUUGAGAUUAACAAUGGCAGGAAAAUCAUCACUUUUUAAAGUAAUUCUCCUUGGAGAUGGUGGAGUUGGGAAGAGUUCACUUAUGAACAGAUAUGUAACUAAUAAGUUUGAUACCCAGCUCUUCCAUACAAUAGGUGUGGAAUUUUUAAAUAAAGAUUUGGAAGUGGAUGGACAUUUUGUUACCAUGCAGAUUUGGGACACAGCAGGUCAGGAGCGAUUCCGAAGCCUGAGGACACCAUUUUACAGAGGUUCUGACUGCUGCCUGCUUACUUUUAGUGUCGAUGAUUCACAAAGCUUCCAGAACUUAAGUAACUGGAAGAAAGAAUUCAUAUAUUAUGCAGAUGUGAAAGAGCCUGAGAGCUUUCCUUUUGUGAUUCUGGGUAACAAGAUUGACAUAAGCGAACGGCAGGUGUCUACAGAAGAAGCCCAAGCUUGGUGCAGGGACAACGGCGACUAUCCUUACUUUGAAACAAGUGCAAAAGACGCCACAAAUGUGGCAGCAGCCUUUGAGGAAGCGGUUCGAAGAGUUCUUGCUACCGAGGAUAGGUCAGAUCACUUGAUUCAGACAGACACAGUCAAUCUUCACCGAAAGCCCAAGCCUAGCUCAUCUUGCUGUUGAUUGUUAGAUUGUUGAUGCAUUCUAACCAACUCACACAUAUACACAAAAUCAACAUGGGGAUGGAGAAGAGAAUUAGCGUUUGCAGCAGUGUAUCAUCUACUAAUAAAAUUAAACUAAUGUUGCUGCUUCAUUAGUUGGUGGGAGAAGGGACACAUCCACUCAUGGAGGAAUAUAUUUACUCAAUAAUGGCACCUUACAUUUAUAAAUUGUAACGGUUGUCUAAUAACGUUUCUUUAAUUUAAAUAUGUAAGUUGCAGAGCUAAUAAAUGAAAUGACCAAGACUUUAAUUAUAAUAAAAAUAAGAAACUUGACUAUUCUAGAAGUGAUACUUGGAUUUUUUCCUGGGAAAAUGGAGAACUCCUUUUUAUAUGUGUAUGUUUUUAUGCAAUUAGCAUUGUAUUCUUGGUUCAGGGAAAUACUUUCCUAAAGCAAUAAUGUUAGAUAUUAAAGAUUAAAAUCUAAUGUAUUUGCAA